AUGAAGUGUCGCUUUUGCCGAACAAUUCGUCGAGUGCUAGCUGUCAUUGGCUGUGGUAGUGCACUAUCAUGGACCUUUGCCGUGCCCAACAAACGGCCUGGUCUUUUGGCAGAGGAGAGUCGAAGACUCUUGGAGCUUCCACAGGACUUUUUCGGGAAAGGCUAUGACGUGGUGAAUCUUGUCGCCAAGGGAGCACACCAAGAGGUGAAACUAAAGUUCAUGCUGGACACAGGCCUCACCACGUCUUUGCUUCUUCCAAAGCGAGCAGAAGAGCUCGGUCUGAGGCCACAAGGCGCUUCUGAUUCCAAGGUGGUGUUGGAGGAUGUGUGGCUUUCUGACAUCCAAAUUGGCCCAUUGAGGCCGUUGGUGAUGGACUUUUAUCAGAGCAGGCUGGAUGACAGCAGUUAUAUAGAUGGAAUGCUUGGUAUGGAGUUCUUUGAGAGGUUUGCAGUUGAGUUGGGAACAGAAAUACGUCUCUACGAGGCUGACACUGGAGAGCAAGCUGCUUUGCGCAACGAGAUGAUUCGCUUGACAACAGCUCCUCUUCCUGCCCGCCUUUUGGGAGUCAACGUAUGCGUUACCGGCAAGGAUGCACGUGUUAAGGGUGUGUUGGACACUGGAGCUUCGUUUACCGUUCUAAACUGGGCGGCCGCUGAAUCCCUUCUUGAGACUGUGGAGGCAGAUGCGGAAGAACUUUUGCAGCGAGGAGGCGUUACCUCGCUCGACACGCGGGGUCAAGAGCUACUGAUGCCCAUCAUGGAGGCCAACUUGGAGAUCCAUGGCGCUGGUCGGGAACCUCCAGGGUGUUGGACUCCACAUCCAAUUCAGGUUGCGGUGGGAGAUGUUGCCAGCUUCAAACAGCCAGAGCUCCAGAAGGGCACCUUGACAUUCCAACAUGCAGACAAAAGAGCACUGAAGAUCCUUAGCAGCUUUACCACGACUCGCAUUUGGCUUGGUACUUUGAACUUGUCAGCCUUAGAGACAGCCGCCUCGCAGCACAACCUUCAGGUGCUUGAUCUCAAAGACCACAAGAUCUCUGCCAUUCCCAAAGAGGUUGUCAGUGCUUUUACGCAUGUCAAGGUCUUGGAUUUGCGAAAGAAUGCGUUGGAGGAACUAUUGAGAGAUAUUUCCUUGAUGCAUGACUUGGAGGACUUGCUCCUGGACCAAAAUCGGCUUCGGGAACUUCCUGAUGAGGUAUGCCUCUUGCCGAAUCUCAAGGCUUUAUCAGUUAGUCAAAACUUGCUGAAAACACUCCCAAAGGCUGUGGGGUCUAUGAAGUCACUCAAAAGUCUCAAUCUGGGUGACAAUUUCAUAGAAGAAAUUCCAAUGGAAUUGGGUCAGUGCAGAGAGCUGCAAACACUGUAUUUGCAUCACAAUAGUUUUACGAUCCUGCCAUCUAGCAUGGCGCUCCUGGAGAACUUGCAGGAAUUAGCGCUUGAAUGGUUCAGGUACACAACACCUCCGCUGCCGCGUGUCAUCAAAGGCUCAGAAUGGCAGCAGAUCAUCACCAAGCUCAGAGAAUUGUGCCGGGACAAGAAGGACGGCCGGGUAACUUGCAUCGAGGUCCUUUCGGAGUUUUCACAGAAGGCAUUUGAUGCAAACGCCAUUGAUUCCAAGCGACGAACCAGGCUUCAUGUGGCAUGCCUGGAAGGGCAUGUCGGUGUUGCCCUUGCUUUGGCUGAAAUGACGCAGUCAAAGAACGACUCACUAGACUGCGAAGGAUAUUCACCGUUGCUGGUAGCCGUGCGGGAGGAACACCCAGACAUAGCAAGUGCUUUGGUCAGAACUGGCGUCGAAGUAAAUCGCGGUGGUGGCCUUUUCGGGUCUCCGCUGCACGUUGCAACCGUGAACUUUGACCCUCAAAUGGUGAUGCUUCUCAUUCGGGGCAAAGCAGAUGUCAACCAAACUGAUGCCGAUGGCAACUGUCCACUUCAUGUGUUGAUGUCUGUCUUUGACAAGGGGGGAAAACGUGCUGCGACGAUUGGAAAGAUCCUUUUGCAGCACAAUGCUGACUGCAACAUGAUGAACAGUGACAAGUGGGCUCCAUUACAUCUUGCUGCGAGAAGAGGCCAGCUCCGGGGGAUUGCCUUUGUGCUGAGUAACCUGGAUACCGCCGACGCAGCCUGCCAAAAGGGAGAAUGCAAUCACGAGGCAAGCAAGAAGCAGCUGCCAAAAAUUGCGGCCAGAAUCAGAACCUGCCCACGCGCAUUCGAUCUCAACCUCAGGGGUGGCUCACACUUGUGGACGCCAUUGCAUCUCGCCGGACAUGCCUGCCACGUCAAUGUUGUACAAGUUCUGAUCGAGGCAGGCUCAGAUGUUUUUCUGAGAAACAUCGAUGGGAGAACCGCAAGGCAUGUUUCCAAAGGAAAUCUUGCCAUCUCGAAGCUUCUCAGGAAAGCCGAGGACGAGUGGCUAUGGUAUCGUAUUCAUCAAGGCUUCUCUGACAUGAAGGAGACAGUGAAACCAAUGGGAGAUGUGAGUGCUGCUGCUGAGCCCUCUGCUGACGUUACAGCUUCACCACGGGAGAUCUCCAAGGUCACGCAUGAGAUCUUGGACACCUUCAAAGUGGACGAAGAAGAAGAUGAUCCGAUUGAGGAGAUUGCCAAAAACAUUGAAGGUCCGGCCAAAAGAGGUUCUGGCAGCACUGCGCCAGCUACCCCACAAGGCCCUCCAGAUCCUGCACGGCCGCAGCUAAGAACAGCAUCAAGGCCCAAGAUGCAGAGGAUCACUGAAAAGUGCCAAGACUCUUACUUUUCCAAGGAAGAGCUUCAAGCCCUUCAAACCAUGAACUUUGGGAAGCCUGCUCAGGGAGGCAAAGAGGUCUUUGUAGAGGAACUCAGCAAACUUUUGCAGACUGGGCCAAAGCAGCGACUGCCCUACUUGCUGUCAAAACAAUGGGUCAAGGAGAUUAUACCAGAAGUGGUUGCGGACGAGGAAAACCACGCCCUACUUCUUGAUCCAGACCUUGUUUGCAACGAGGACUUACUCAGAUUGCUUGUCAGCAAUUUGCCAUUAGAGAGGCUGAGCAUGCUUGGCAGCAUGCGGAGCAGCGAUCAGGACACAUUGCUCCACAUUUUGUGCAGAGGCGUGCGUGCAUCAGCAAGCUCUGCUGCCGACACGUUGUUGUUCCUUCUGAUGGCAUGUCCUGACAACACCUUUGACUUGGAGGCAAGGGAUCUAAGAGGGCAAACAUGCUUGCACCUUGCAUCACAAAGUGGAGAUCUAGGCCUUGUGCAGGUCUUGCUGGACAAUCGAGCGCAACCAAACGUGCAAGAGGAGACGACUGGCUGGACUCCGCUUCACUUUGCAGUUUCGAAGGCUCAUUACAGCAUCAUUCUACAACUGCUGCAGCAUGGAGACACCGAUGUCAACCAGGUAGACAAGUUUGAGUGGCCUCCUAUCCUGGAAGCGUGUUCCAGGCUUGAUGCUCGAGCCACAUCCCUGCUAGUAAAUGGCAAAGCCAAUCUGUCUUUCCGGAACCAGCACCAGUUUGACGUUUUGAAGGCAGUGGACACAUCAAAGAAGGACUUGGCCGCCAAGCGGUGGAUGUCGUGCUUGGUGGUAAGCAACGGCUUCCGAUUUCAGGAGACCACCGUGCAGCUGACUGCUGAGGACCGGGAUACUCUGCAACGGGAACAUGCCUUUUUCAACAGCCGGACCAUUCCAGCCACACGUCCUCCUUUCUUUGUGCCGGAUCACCUGGCCCCACGAUGUCACAACUGCAAGGUUCUUUUCUCUGGUUCAGUUCGUCGCUACCAUUGCCGCAGUUGUGGGCUGGUGCUUUGUGGCAACUGCUUCAAAUGGAGGCCUUGGGAGGUGCGGUGCAUGAAGCGAGGCCCAUCUCAAGAGCGAGAAAGUCAGGUGAAGAGACCUAAGGAGAUGGAUGGAGCCGCAGCUCCUGCCAUCUCGGCGGACAAAGAGCACGUGAUGCUCGUCAAGGUGUUGCAGCUGACGCAGCAGCCUGCACAAAAGCUUAGCGUGUCCAAUGUUGGUGAGUUUCUGGAUAACGAGGCCUCUAGAAUCGCUCAACAGAGAGGUUUGGAAGAAGCAGUGAUGUUCCUUGCCCAGGGAUGGAGGAGAUCUGAGGAAGGAGGAGUGGUUCCUUCCACCUGGGAUGGCAUUGCGCCACUGCAAGAGGCGGUUCAAACAGCCUCACUCGCGCUUUUGCUGGGUGCCUCCUCUGACCAGAAGGUCACACUCAUCCUUGGGCUUCUGAACAAUCGUGUGCCAAUAAGGCUCAUGAAUGAGCUCUUGCUCGCAGCUGCUGAGGAUGAUGCAGUUCCUGCAGUGCUGGUCUCCAGACUAGCAGUGCAAUUGAAGGGCCGGACUCUGAAUGACCUUCGAAACCAGCAGUUCAGCCAAUUGAUCCAUGUGCUGCGGGCAAAAAGACCAGACAAGAAAGAUAGCAAAUAUGUAAAUGCAUUGGUGUCCUCUCCUCUGAAGGAGGAAUUGUGGAAGCCACCUUUCGAGGCAAAGUUUGUUUGGAGAGACAAGAAGAAGAAUGUCAUAGCACAACAGAACGAGGGCCUCUUCUUGCAGGAGAGCUCUCUGUUGGGAUGGGCACUAUCGCCGUCUGCGCUGGACAGUGCUUUGGUGCCACCCUCAAAGGCACACCUCACAGAGGCCGGCUCCAAGGAGUGGGACCAUCUCACACGAGCCACACGUGGCCGAGUUGAAGGGCUACAGAAAGGUUUGCAAACAAAGCUCGCAAGUUCUCAGGACCAGGCAGCAGAAUUCGUAGACAUCCUGCUUCGGGCAGGGGACGAGCCAAGAGUGGCGGUGUUGGAAUGGCUUGGAGCCCUCAUCACAACAGCGGAACCUCGUGGUAAGCAGGGCCAGCCUGCUCCAGAGGGGUUUAACUUUUGGCCUCAGUAUGGCAAUCAUGUUAUUGAUUGCCUGCAGCAGCAAGAACCUGGAGCUUUCGAGAGGUCCAUGAACAACUUGCUUUUGUUGCAGGCUAUUCAUGCGCGCCUUCAGGGCUUUCCCACAAGUGGGAUGGCUCUAAACACAUUCACGCUGUUGCUGCACUUGUGCAAGCCUAUCAAAGCUGAAGCGGCAUCCAGUGUGUCGGUCUUCUUCCCUGUGCGUGAGGAUGCCCAGCAGCUCUUGGGGAACUAUCACAAGGAGGCUCGAUUUGGCGAAAAGGAGCAAAUCGAGGCUGCAACUGAGAGUGCCAAGAGCGACCCUGGCUACACUGCACCACCAAGCGACAAAACCCUCUUUAAGUCCCAGAUUUUUUGGCUUGCCAUAAAGGGUGUUGGCUAUUUGCUCAUGCCAGUAGCGAAGGAAUCUUUCCAUUCUUGGCAAAAUCUCGCUUCUGCUUUUUAUGAUAAGGACAGGGAGAUUUCGGAUGGGGCCACACGUGAGUUCCUCAUUGCAGAGGCUGCAUUAAAGGAGCCGCGCUUCCUUGAGCGUUUGGGGCAUCUCGUCGACUUGAGCUUCAGAUUCCUACAGCACGCAGCUGCAGGAGGCAAACAGGCCUUGCCGCCUCCUGCUCCUGGUCCAACUUGGCAUGUGCUUCCCAGUUCCGUUCUGGAAAAUGUCCUGGAACUCUGUGAUAUUUAUCGUGAUCGAGACAGGAAGAAGACUGGUGGCAUCCCAACUGGACUCUUCACUUACGUGGAUCCAGACCCAGUGCUCACCACACUGUGCAUAGUUAUGGCCUCCGAAGAUCACGUCCGAGAUCCGUCGUUGCGGGGGAGGGCAGUCAAGCUCUUGCAUCGGCUGUGCUUUGGCUUCCGCUCUUGGCGGGACAAGCUGAACCACCCUCCUCUUGACAAGCACCUGAUUCCAUGUUUGGUAAAUGUGUUUAUUGCGGUCGAGAAAGCAAUCAUGAGCUACUACGAUCUCUCUUACCGGUACAAGUACGAGUUGCGCGUUCCUGUGAUGGACCUCUUCGACUUGACUCUUCAAACCGAGGGCCACAGACAGGUGCUUGACCAGUUCAUCAGAGGAGAAGGAAAUGACAAGUUCCUCAAGUUGCUGACGCAGCUGAUCAAUGACAGCAACUCUCAGAUAGAGGAGGCUAUCCGAACGGUGAAGGAGUUUCAUGAUAAGCAAAGCCAAAGUGCAAGCUCUUCUGGUCCUUCCGCUCAACGCCACGAUGAGCAGGUUUUGGACGACGACCGAACAGGUGAUGGCGACGAAGCAGAAGACAUCUAUCGCCGGAGCCGCAUGAACUACAAGGAACAUGCAAAGAAGUACUUUGGUCUGGCUGCAAGGACGUGGAAGCAAAUGUGGCUACUUUGUAAGCUUUGUGCUCCUGUCAUUGUUGAAGGCCGUGGAACGCUCGAGCAGCUCCUGCAUUCAUCCUUUGACGCGCAAUUGCAUUAUCUUGUAGGCCCUGAGAUGAAAUCAAUCAAGGCUUCUCCUCAAGAGUACGAUGAGCUUGGCUUCAAUCCAAAGGAGCUUAUCAAGCAGAUAGUUGAGAGCUACCUUUUCCUUGCAAAAGCCAACAAAGCAGAGGUCGUUCGAGUGGUUGGGAAGGAUGAGAGAUACUACAGUAGCAAGACGUUCAGCAAAGCUUGCAGCUUUGUCAGGAAGUAUGGUCUUCUACAAGGUAGUGAUCUUGAGGAUUUCGAGUCAUUCUGCAAGGAGCUUGCUGACACAGUUUCCGCGCACCGGGCAGCAUUUGACGAGGCUGAUAUUCCUACAAAUUAUUUGUGCGAGCUGAUGGCGGACAUCAUGAGUGAUCCAGUGAUGUUUCCGCAGAGCCGCAAGGUUGCAGAUCGUACCAUUGCUCUUCGAGUCAUCAUGAGCAGCGAUAGAGAUCCUUUCGCCAACACGCCAGUCAAGGUGGAGGAGUUGAUACCGAUGACAGAACUCAAGGAAGAGAUACACAGAUUUGCAAAGGAGAAGGGCAUUGCCUUGGAGGGCGGCAACAUGUUCGACUGA